AUGGAAACUCUAGGCGGUUCACCUCAAUUAACUUUCGAUGAAUUUGGGAGGCCUUUUAUAAUCCUUAGGGAUCAAGAAAAGAAGAAGCGUCUAACUGGCAUUCAAGCUCAUAAGUCACACAUACUGGCAGCAAAGUCUGUCGCUUCCACCCUUCAAACUUCUCUUGGUCCAAAAGGUCUCGACAAGUUACUUGUGAGUCCCGAUGGUGACAUAACUGUCACUAAUGAUGGAAGAACCAUUCUUGAAAAGAUGGACGUCCAGCACGAAAUCGCAAAAUUAUUGGUUCAAUUGAGUCGAUCCCAAGAUGACGAAAUUGGUGAUGGUACUACCGGUGUUGUCGUUCUUGCCGGCGCUCUCUUAGAACAGGCCGAGUUUUUGCUGGACCGUGGUAUCCACCCUAUCCGUAUUGCUGAUGGUUAUGAAUUGGCUGCUAAGAUUUGCAUGGGUGUCUUGGAUAAAAUCAGUGAGGAUUUUAAUUUCUCCCUAGAUGAUCGUGAGCCCCUUGUUAAGACUGCAAUGACUGCUCUUGGAUCCAAGAUUGUGAGUCGUUGCCAACGCCUAUUCGCAGAAAUGGCCGUUGAUGCCGUCCUAUCCGUCGCUGAUAUCAAGCGGAAAGAUGUAGAUUUCGAGUUAAUUAAAAUCGACGGCAAAGUUGGUGGCCGUCUUGAAGAUUCUAUUCUUGUCAAGGGAGUAGUUGUUAAUAAGGACUUUUCCCAUCCUCAAAUGCCGAAAGAGGUUAAGGACGCUAAAAUGGCCAUUUUGACUUGUCCCUUCGAACCACCGAAGCCAAAAACGAAACACAAUCUCUUUGUUGAAAGUGUUGAAGAUUAUCAAAAGCUUCGCCAGUACGAACAGGACAAGUUUGUUGAGAUGGUUGAGACUGUUAAGAAGACUGGAGCAAACUUGGUGAUUUGCCAAUGGGGCUUUGAUGACGAGGCUAAUCACUUGCUUCUCUCUCACAAGCUUCCCGCUGUUCGAUGGGUUGGUGGUGGUGAAAUUGAGCUCAUUGCCAUCGCUACUGGUGGACGAAUUGUUCCUCGUUUUGAAGAGCUCACUCCAGAAAAACUUGGUCAUGCUGGUAUCGUUCGCAGUGUUCCAUUCGGAACAGCUAAGGAUAGUAUGCUGAUCAUUGAAGAUUGCCAUAACUCGAAGGCUGUUACUUGCUUCAUUCGUGGAUCGUCCCAGAUGAUUGUCGAGGAAGCUAAGCGUUCACUUCAUGAUGCUCUUUGUGUGGUUCGCAACUUGGUCCGCGACCCCCGUGUAGUAGCCGGAGGUGGGGCUUGUGAAAUCGCCUGUGCUAUUCGUGUUGCUGAGGAGGCCGAAAAGAUUUCCACGAUUGAACAAUAUGCCAUGCGUGCCUUUGCUGACGCUCUAGAAGCCAUUCCCGUUGCUCUCUCAGAGAACUCGGGUCUUCCUUCCAUUGAAACAGUCGCUUAUGUCAAGGGACGUCAAGUACAGGAAAAGAACCCCAAUUUGGGUAUCGAUUGCCUCAACGUAGGUACCUGUGACAUGAAGGAGCAGAAUGUCUUGGAGACGCUCACUUCGAAGCGGGCCCAGAUCAUGCUUGCUGUGCAGUUAUGCAAGAUGAUUUUGAAAAUCGAUGAUAUUCGAACCUCUGCCGAUGAAAUGUAA